CCGCAAACUUCCGGCGUCACUGGAUUUAGGUUUACUCCACUCUUGGACAGACUUCAUUUAGACAUCCACAAUGGCACCCAAAAGGCCACGGGAUAACACUGGUGCAGCGGAUGCGUCCACAGACAUUCCUGUUCCUGAUACACCAGAUGCCGCUAUGACUGUUGUACGUCGUCUCGUGAAACAGUUUAGUCUCGAUGUUCAAAUAGAAGAUGACGACUCAGAACACGGUUUGGUAGUUAGUUUCUCCAAAGUUACGUAUGGUGACGUCGCUCCUCUCGUCGGACUUGAACCCGGGAAUGCGUUGAAAGACAUUGGAACCUUCGAAAUCCACCGCUCUCGUAUUCCCACAGAUCUUUUCAAGUCGAUUGUGAUGGACCUAGAUAUCUUGUUAAUGCAGUACGGGCCCCCUCAUGAGCAUAAGACAGAAGAGGCGAGAUCGAGAUUCUUCUCUCCAAUUUUUAACCACCUCGUCAAGCAGUUCACUUUCACGCUAAGGAAUGACCCAGAGACCACAAUUUCCGGUCACAUUGCUACGCAGGGCCGCAUUGAAUACUACUUCAAAGCUUUUGGCGCUGUUGCGGUUCUGUUCGUCGAGAUAAAGCUGAGAGUGUUGAAUGAUGAGGAACGUUUGAAGGCUAUUGCCCAGGUUAUAGCCGAAGGCGAUGCUUGCGACGCCAGCAACCUCGCUCAAAGUUUUUCUCUACCCAUCCACUGCAUUUUCUUCGAUGGCUGGGCAUUCGAAUUUUUCAAGUACGAAAGAGCGCCAAAUCGAACUUUUUUACGUGGCUGCUUUCAUGGGGAUCCGAAGCACCUCCGGCGUGGCCUGGAAAUGCUUGACUUUGUCCGCAUGGAAACUCCUCUUCCCUGGAUUCUCCGGUUUCGCUGCAUAUGUGAGACCAUCUUUGACGUGAUGCUGAGUGCAUAUAUCGCAGGCUUGAAGGCGUAUAACAAUCGAUCGCUAGGAAAGGGGAAGAAGCGGGGUUUGAUGAAUUUGGCUGAAUGGGAUAAGCCCCUUCAAUCGGCUGAAGAUGCGCUGGUUGCAUUCAGGAAGGCUGAGGAUCUGCGCGAGGGAGGUGAUCUUGAUGGUGCGGAUACGACCGUUGACAAGGCGCUUCUUGCGCUGCAGGAGAGUACAAGUGCAGUGCCCACUAUGUACGAAUCGCCACUCCUCAUGACUGCCUGGGAUAAUGCUGAGAUUAGGAAGGCGUGAACCCCCAUUGUCCUCACAGAUGGAUUACGCCGGUUUGGCAGAUGUUCAAAAUUUUAAUCAUUCCCAGUGGUCAAAUACAGUUUUUACUCAUGUUAUGGGGUGUCUUAGGGAAGCUAGGGUCAAAAAUAAACUUCUGUGCAGCUGGAUGGUGCAGGUGAUCGUGGGCACCCCAAAACCAACCAUCACGACUGUGCGGUUUCUGGAAUUGCCGACUUCUGCCGAUGUGCUGCUUGAUG